AUGAACAGGAAGCGAGCAGCGGCGUCGUCGACUGUGCCGACUUCGUCCACGGCCUCGCCGAGCGCCUCUAAGAAGAGGAAAACGGACAACGUACAAAAAUUCUACGCCGUCCAGGUCGGCUUCAGACCGGGUGUCUACACAACCUAUGUCGAGUGCGCACAGCAGACGGCAGGGUUCAAAGGAGCAUUAUUUCGAUCGUUCAUUUCGAGGUCCGACGCGGAAGCAUUUGCGGCUGGCAAGAAGGUUGCGACAACGUCAGAAGGACCGGCCAAGUUUUACGCGGUUGCGGUGGGCAACCCGACAGGCAUAUUUCACGAAUGGGACGACGCGGCGGAAGCCAUAAAAGGCGUCAAAGGACCCAAAUACAAGCGCUUCAACAGCCGCGCCGAAGCAGUCGACUACAUCCGCGAGUAUGGCAGCAUGGAGGCUGUCAUGGCGCUCGGCGAACGACCCACCGCCACGACAUCCAGCGGGACAAAAAUUGACGUGCCGACGCAAGUGAAGAAGCCGACCAAGACGACGCGGGUACCGCCGCCACUCGCGCUCCCGCAGGCACCGGCGGACCUCAUCCGGGUGUACACAGACGGCAGCAGCCUAGCCAACGGCAAGGCCGGUGCGCGAGCGGGCGUGGGCGUCUUCUUCGGCCCGGGCGACGCGCGCAACAUCUCGGAGCGACUCGAGGGCGAGCCGCAGACGAAUCAGCGGGCGGAGCUGAUGGCGAUGCUGCGGGCGCUGCAAAUGUGCCCUCUGGGCCAGACGGUGCAGAUUGUCAGCGACAGCCAGUACUCCAUCAACUGCGUGACGCAGUGGGCGGCGAGCUGGAAGAAGAAGGGCUGGGUCACGGCCACGGGUGAGCCGGUCAAGAACCAGGAUAUUAUCCGCGCGGUGCUCAGCCGCAUGGAGGAGCGCGUCAAGGCCGGCGGCACAACGCAGUUUGAGUGGGUCAAGGGCCACUCAUCGGAUAGAGGGAACCAGGCGGCGGAUGCCCUGGCCGUGCGAGGGGCCAAGAUGUAA